AUCCUUUAUCUCGCUCUCCCUUCUCGCUUUCUCCCCUUCAUCUCACCUCCAGCUAGCCCGAGAAACCCUCCUCUUCCUCCUCCCCCCUCUUGGAUCGCACAGCAUCCACUUUCUCUUGCAGCUUGCUGGAUCACCGCUGUCCAUCCAACCGCUUGAGGAGUCAGGACUAAGUCUGUCAUUUGGAGCCAAAAUGGCGAUGAACAGCAUCCUCAAUGGCGAUGACAUCAAGAAAGCACUAGAUGCAUUCGCAGUGGCUGACUCUUUCGACCAUAAGAAGUUUUUCGAGAUGAUAGGCCUGAAGAACAAGUCUUCUGAGGAUGUGAAGAAGGUCUUCAAGGUGAUGGAUGCUGACAACAGUGGCUAUAUAGAAGAGGAGGAGCUCAAGUUUGUCCUGAAGGGGUUUGCCAAAGACGGCAGAGACCUGACAGAUAAGGAAACCAAAACAUUUUUACACGCAGCCGACAAGGACGGGGACGGCAAGAUUGGAGUUGAUGAGUUCACCGCCCUCGUGAGAGAGUAGUCAUGAUUGGCCGACUCGAAGACCAUCGCCGCAUCCUGAAAACCCACGCGCCCCCCCCACCCUCCACACACACACACACACACACACACACAUUUGACUACACAAUACACCUCCAAACACACACACAUACAUAAAUAGACAAACAAUACACAAACACAAACACUUAAAAAGGCCCCCCAGCCAUUCAUUCAUUCAUUCAUUCAUUCCUCCCAUGUUAUCCUUUUUAUACAAACUGUUCUUGUUUCCGCUUAUGUAUAGAGAUAAAACAUGCCUGCAGGAAUAGACCUUGCCUUUUAAAGCAAAGUAGAUACGUGAAGCGAUUAUAAGAGAGAUAACCUCAUUUCCCUCUGUGCUUCAUCCCCUUAUUUAUCCUUGGUUAGCUUUGGAGUUUUCCCCAUCAUCGCUCUAUUCAUCCCCCCCAUCCAGUAAUGAUGUAUUACUGUCAUGCCAUAAGAAGAAAGCGGUCAAGCUGUGAAUACAAAUAAAUUAAAUCAAGAUAAGAAAAAAACCUGGACUCACUUUGACGCUUUUAUUUUGCUCACUUCACGGAUUUUUUUAUAUGUUUUGCUUCUCGACAGCAAGAUCAUAACGCAUAAAUCCGUGCACUUUUGAAGAGCGAUGCAUAAAAACAAAGCAUAUUAUUAUCAAAUGUAGCAGAGGUGCUGUGCUAAUUUAACACAAGCGUACUUUGAAGCCAUUAGCGCAAUUGGAUUCACACCGAGGUUCAAUUUGGGUUAAGGAUCCCCAGCGGAGGACCCAAACAGGCAAUGCGGGAUUCUCUUCUUUUGUAGGCCGAUUUACUGCCCGAGCAAAUAAAACCAGGCACAAAAAACGUCUUGAUUUAUAAUAUUCAGUGUAAAAAUGAA